CUUGGUCGGAGCAGGGCGUUACGUCCUUCAGACUGGAAUCUGCCAUGGAGGGUGCGCGCUAUCCGGACGGCGUGAUGCUGAAGUCGGCUGAGAGGAGAAUGAAGGCCGAGCCGGAAGAGCUGAUCAGUGUGAAAGAACUUCAGGAGACCUUCUCACGGGAGCUUCAAUGCUGGGCACAGCGUUUGCAGGCCGAUUUGAGGUCGGCGGAGGACCGCUUGGCGAAGCUGGAGAAGAAGAACACCGCGCAGGGCAUGCAAGGGCAAGUGGUGGACUUUCAAUGCUUGGAGCAGCUGCAAGCCAUGGUGCAUGAGGAAUGCCAGUCCUCUUGGACGCAGCUGGGAGAGGAGCUGAAACGUGAGCUAGAGGAGGCUUUGAAUGCCUUGAAGGCUGAGCACGCAGAGAUCAAGAGUACAACCAUGGCGUGCAUGACGGAAGAAGUCGCCGAGUCGAACUUGGAGUUGCUGCGCGCUGACAUUCAAGGGCUCCAGGAGCACCAGCAGCGGUGGAACCAGAGCCUCACCGAUGAAUGUGAAGUCAGGGGCCGGGAGAUGCAGCUCUUCAAGAGCCGUUUGGAACGCCUCGAGGCGACCGGUUCGCCCAGCACACAGAUUUGGACGGCACUGAAGGAGACCCAGGAGGAGCUCUCGCAACUGGUGGAUGCCGGGGGCACUGGCCUGCGGCUCCGCUUGGACGCUGUAGAGACACGAAUCGAGCAGGUGCCCAAGCAGAUGCAGGCCGUGCUCGAACGCCUGGAGCCACUGGAGUCGCAGGUGUCCCAGAGCCUGUGGGAGGCCGCGCCCCUGCAGGCGCGGGUGGAGGCCGUGGAGCAGGAGCUCUGGAAGCUGAAGGAGCAGGUGGAGCAGGUCGAGGUCUUCGAUGCUUCGAAGAUCGAGCUACUCUCGGCACCGGCUGGCGCCGCCCAACGCCCAGAGAGUGCCAGUACGGUGGUCCGCCGCAGCUCCACUCGCUCGGGAAGCUCCAACAAGUCCUCGGAAGUGGCAGAUGUGCAACAGAGACUGAUCUCCAGUGGAGCCACCGAAGAGAGCUAUCAGCAGGCCAUGCAGGCCAUCCAAGAGCUCCGCGAGCGGAACUUGGCGCUCCGCGAGAAGAACGCCGAGCUCGUGGAAGAAAUGCUGGUCGAUGAUGGCUUGAUCAGCUACCCGGUCACUGCCAACGCCCGGCCACACUUGCCCCCCACCGGCGUGGCGCGGACCAGUUCACCUGAGCGCGUGAAGACUGUGACCUACCUUACAUCGUCAGCUUCCAUGGCACCAGCUGGUGGCGCAAGCGGCAGUCUCCGGUCUUCCUCGCCCACGCGGGUGCAACGCGUGGUGCAGCCGGUGCAACGGCUUCCCACGGCCUAUGUGUCGGGGAAGUACUUGCCACCGCAUCCUUGAGCGAAUCUCCUGCAGUUGACCCGGGCCGUUUUCUUUGGAU